GUUGACUGUUGUAAACAGCUGAUACCUAGUGGAAAACAAAGAUUUUGUCUAAUAGGGUGGAAAAUCAUGAUUACAUUUUAGUUGUUUAGAAUAUUAAUUAACAUGCAUACAAAUGAUGCUUUGCCUAUAGUUUUAGUUAGCGCAAACAAUAAUGCGUCUGCUUAUAAAAUUGUAUCUGCUCUUAUCGAGAAUGAAUCACCUUUAAAUGCUCACAAUCUGAACGGCGAGGAAUGGAUAUGGCGUCUAGUGAACAAAUACUAUCGUGCGGACGUGAGAGUUCUGCCGCUGGUGGACGGUGAGCCGCCCCCGACGCACCUUUCGGAUCUCGUCGAAGCUCAUGUCAUUUAUUUGAACGAUGAUGAGAAUGAAAAGUGUGCAGAACAAAGAUUAAUUCACGUGGGAGACCUUUCCCGGAUAUCCCAAGUGCGACUCGUGCUAUCGGAGAAGCCGGAGAGCCCCGCUCUCGCGGCGUGGGCGUCGCGUCGCCGCUACGAGCUGGUACCUCUGCAGGCACAUUCCGAUUCCGAAGACGAGAACGAAGACGACAUCCGGGGCGUUCCGCGCGCUCGCGCCGCAAUACACGCCCACCCUUGGCGAGGUCUCGUUCGCUUGGACGAACCCGACGCUCCUCCGCCCGACGCUACGCUGGAGUCGGACGGCUCGUCGUGCGACUCGUGGGGCUCGUGGCAGGGCUCGGACGCGGGCGCGGGCGCGCUGGCCGGCCUGCUGGGCUCGCUGGCGGGCGAGCGCGCGGCGCUGGCGGCGCUGGGCGACGGCGAGCGCCGGCUGCGCGCCGAGGCGCUGCUCUCCGCCUUCACCGCCGCGCUGGCGCCGCCUCGCCAGAAUUAAUCACUUUUAAAAUUUUAGCUUAAAAAAAAUUGUUGUCUGAUGAUAAUGCAGGCAAAGCUAAUAUUUCAACUUUCGAAUUCAUUUAAAAAUCGAUCAAGUAUGUUUAUACUUUAUAGUUAGGUUAAAUGAAAAUAGAGAAAUUUGUUUUAGGAGUAUUUUUAAAUUCUAAUAAAACAGAAAAAUCA